AUGACCACGGAGAAGAAAGCGCCCGAAGGCUCGGUGCAUGAUAGCGCGGAAGACAUUACGGGUGAAGUAAUUGAUGUUGCCGCACGCUUCCUCGCAACCCUGGACGAUGAAAUCAGAGAGACUCCGAUCACGCCCGCCGAAGCCCGAAAGGUCCUGUGGAAGAUUGAUCUAUCUAUUCUUCCAAUAAUAUGGAUCUCCACUAUCGUUGCUGCCGUUGACAAAGUCGUCAUAUCGAACGCCGCCAUUUAUGGCAUGAAGGAUGACACGCAUCUUGUUGGAAAUCAGUACGCUUGGGUUGGAAGCAUUUUUUAUUUCGGAUUUCUGCUAUUUGAGUAUCCAACUUCUUUUCUCAUCCAACGACUCCCCGUGGCGAAGUUCUUCUCUGUCACGGUCUUGGUCUGGGCCAUCAUGAUGUGCUGCACAGCCGCUACGCAAAACUUCGCUGGCCUUGCAGCUGUUCGCUUUAUCAUGGGAAUGGCUGAGGCUUGUUUGUUUCCGGUCUGCAAUAUCAUAACCGUCAUGUGGUGGAAGAAUCAAGAACAGCCCAUUCGAGUUGCCUGCUGGAUGUCUCAGUUCUCUUCCAUUUUCACGGGAAUCGUUAGCUACGGAAUUGGCAACGCCGACACACAACUCGCAAGCUGGAGGCUACUUUUUCUGGUCCUGGGAGGCUUCUCCCUUCUUUGGGCCGUAGUUGUGUUUCUAUUUCUACCAGACUCACCGGCUCAAUGCCGCUACAUGACCGACCGCGAAAAGUUCAUUUGUCUGCAACGCAUCAAGGACAACAACACGGGUGUGGAGAGCAAAGAGAUUAAAUGGUACCAGAUCAAAGAGUGCUUGUGUGACCCGAAGACUUGGCUGCUCUUUGUCUUCUCAAUUGCUCAAAACAUUCCCAACGGUGUUGAUCACGUUCGCCUCGAUUAUCGUUUCUGGCCUCGGAUAUUCUGCGCUUAUUACAACCUUGCUCGGGAUUCCAACUGGAAUUAUUGCUACCAUCUGGGCAUGGAUAUUGGCGUAUCCUGCAGGGCGCUAUAA